UCUUUCAGCGAGUGCGGUCAUCUCUGUGGUGUUCCUUAAUGUCUGCCUUCUCUUUCAGCGAGUGCGGUCAUCUCUGUGGUGUUCCUUAAUGUCUGCCUUCUCUUUCAGCGAGUGCGGUCAUCUCUGUGGUGUUCCUUAAAGAGACGCUACGAGCCACUGAUAUUGUUGGUGGCGCACUAGCAGUGGUGGGAACCUAUCUCCUGGUCACCUUUGCCCCUCACACCUCCACCCACAUCACCGCCCACCUGGUCCAGAGAUACGCUGUCAGCUGGCAGUUCCUGAUUUACCUGUUUCUAGAGGUCAUAGUGUUUUCUAUCCUGCUCUAUUUGUACAAGAGGAGGAAUAUCAAGCACAUAACCAUAGUGAUGCUGCUGGUGGCUCUGCUGGCCUCGCUGACGGUGAUCUCGGUCAAAGCUGUGUCUGGGAUGAUCACUGAGUCCAUAAAGGGAGAUCUCCAGCUCACCUACCCCAUCUUCUACGUCAUGGUGGUGGUCAUGGUGGCCUCCUGUGCCUUCCAGAUAAAGUUCCUUAAUCAAGCCAUGAAGAUAUUUGAUGCCACGGAGGUCGUCCCCAUCAACUUUGUGUUCUUCACUGCCAGUGCCAUUACAGCAGGUACGUUGUUUAACCAGAACUCAGCUAAUUGGCCAGUGCCAUUACAGCAGGUACGUUGUUUAACCAGAACCAGAAGUGCCUACAGCAGGCACGUUGUUUAA